AUGACAAUCAAUCAAAAUCAUCCUUUUCACCUAGUAACUAUUAGUCCAUGACCUUUAAUUUCAUCUUUAAAUUUAAUAAAUCUUCUAAUUAGAAUAUUAAAUUGAUUUUUAUUAAAUAAUUAUAUAUUCAUUAUAAUAAGAUUAAUUCCUAUAAUUAUAUCGAUUUAUCAAUGAUGACGAGAUGUUAUUCGAGAAAGAACAUACCAAGGGUGACACACUCUUUCAGUAUAUAAAUUAAUAAAAUUUGGAAUAAUCUUAUUUAUUGUAUCUGAACUAUUUUUUUUUAUUUCCUUUUUCUGAACAUAUUUUCAUAGAUCAAUUUCUCCAAAUAUUGAGAUUGGAUCAAUUUGACCUCCUAAAAUAAUUACUAUAUUUAAUCCUUAUGAUAUUCCUUUAUUAAAUUCAAUUAUUUUAAUUUCAUCAGGAUUAACAGUUACUUGAAGACAUCAUUCUUUAAUUAAUAAUAAAAUUGAUAAAAGAAUAUUUAGAUUACUAAUAACUAUUAUUUUAGGAAUUUAUUUCUCCAGAUUACAGGCAAUUGAAUAUUUUGAAGCAAGAUUUUGCUUUAAUGAUAGAAUCUUUGGCUCAAUUUUUUUUAUAAUAACAGGAUUUCAUGGAUUACAUGUAAUUAUUGGAAUUUUAUUUUUAACUAGAUGUUAUAUUCGAUUAACUAAAAAUCAUUUUUCUAAAAUACAUCACUUUCACUUUGAAGCUGCCUCGUGAUACUGACAUUUCGUUGAUAUUAUUUGAUUAUUUCUUUAUAUUUCUGUUUACUGA